AUGAGCUUAUCCAAGAAAGUAUCCCAAACAGACGCAAAACUGAGCACCCCAAACAAAGCAACCUCUUUGAAUCCAAAUGCAGCAGAGUUUGUUCCCUUUGCCCUCAGAUCAUCGCCAUCUGGCAGCACUAGCUCAGUAGAUGCGACAGCGAGGUUUACUACUACUGCUGGAUCUCUUGGUAAAGCAGUUCUCGAUCGAUCGGAAUCAUCCAUUUCAAAUAAUUCCGAUGAUGAGGCUCACCGGUACUGGCGUUGUCAGCUUCCUGAUGAUAUCACCCCUGACUUCAAGGUCAUGGGAGAAGAUGAAUCCCACGGUGUUAACAACCUCUCUUUGUCAGGCUUAUCUAUAAAUGAUGAUAAUGAAUCCUCAAUGAUUCCUUCUUCUAAAGGAAGUAGAUAUAUGUUAAAUGAGCAGCAGGAAUUGGCUCAACAGCACCUUAAUGGCAAUACUUUUGCUAAUAAAUUAAGGUUUUCGAAUUCAAUAUACAGGGAGGAACCAUCUUCACCAAGUAUUUUGAACUCAUCAUCAGAACCUUGGGAUAGGAAAAUUGGGAGUACCGAUUUGCAUGUUAGCAAUAGUCAAGAGGCACUUCUUUAUGAUAACAACUCUGGACACGGAUUCUUAAAUGAUGUUUUUCCUGGAAAUUCUCUUUUGAGUGAUACUGAUUUGAACCCUUUGGAGCUUUUAGCUUCUCUAUUUCCCGGUUUUGCUUCAGAAAGCCUUGCUGAAGUUUUCUUUGCCAAUGGAUGCGAUUUACAUCUGACCAUUGAGAUGCUCACUCAGUUAGAGAUUCAAGUCGAUGGUAGUAGCUUCAAUCAAAAUCUGAGUCCAAAGACUGUGUCUGCUCCCAAUCUGAGUGCAAUGGAAUUUCCGGCUCUUACUUCAUCAAAUGGCCAGAAUACUGCAAAAUAUGCUGCAGAAAAUGUUCAACAAGGUGGCAAUCCUUACUUAUCAUCUGAUAAAGACAUGCUCAUGUUCAAAACUGGCUCUUCUAUUCCAUCUAGAGGGGUUGUUGACUUUGCUGCAGCAGUCAGAAAAUUGGCUUCUCAGGACUCUGGUAUAUGGAAGUACGAUAAAAAUGGUUCUGGUGAUACUUCCACCAGCUCUAGUAGGAGUUUAAAUGCUCUGGCUAGUGCCUACAGUGGUGGACAGGGGAGAGCUAAUUUUGGUGAUAGAUUACAGAACCGCGGUUCUGCUCGGGCAGCUCCUGUUUGGCUUGAAACUGGUGACACAGUUGCAACUAUGUACUCUGAGCUGCGGGAGGAGGCUCGUGAUCAUGCACGCUUGCGUAAUGCUUAUUUUGAGCAGGCACGACAAGCCUACCUUGUUGGCAACAAGGCCCUUGCAAAGGAGCUAAGUGUUAAAGGGCAACUGCACAACAUGCAUAUGAAAGCCGCACAUGGAAAAGCUCAAGAAUCUAUUUACCGUCAGAGGAAUCCGGGGGCUCCAGAGAUGCAAGUUAAUGGAAGGGGGCACCAGAGAAUGAUAGACCUACACGGUCUGCAUGUAAGUGAAGCGAUCAACGUGCUGAAACACGAACUGAGUGUGCUUAGAAGCACUGCUAGAGCCUCCGAGCAGCGUCUACAGGUUUACAUCUGUGUGGGCACUGGCCACCACACCCGUGGCUCACGCACUCCGGCAAGACUUCCAAUAGCUGUACAGCAAUAUCUACUUGAGGAAGAAGGCCUUGAUUUCAACGAACCGCAGCCGGGCCUGAUUCGUGUUUAA